AUGGAGCCUGGAGGCGGAGGGCGAGGCCCCGGCGACCGGGUCCGGCGGCAGCUGCAGUCAGUGGGGCGGCUGGCAGCUUACCUUGGCGGCGGAUUCCUCCUCCUCUCCGCUGCCUCCUCCGUCGCAGUCCGCUCCCUCCGCGCCCUCUCCGACGCCAACCAGAGGAAGUUCGCGAUGCCGUGCGGCGCCUGCGAGGGGAAGGGCACCUACGCGUGCAGGCUCUGCAGUGGCAGCGCCACCAUCGAGUGGUCUCCAAUGCACGACCCGGUGUUCGUCAACCCGUGCCUCUGCCCUACCUGCGAUGGGACCCGGGUGCAGCGUUGCUUGAACUGCGUGGGAAAUGGACUAAUUGCGGCUGCAUCUGGGCAGCUGGAUAGGGUGCUGCAAGACUGCAGCAAUGGUCAUGUUGUUGCAGCUAAACAUGUUCUGAGCAAUGGCUCAUAUACAUCCACAGUACACCAAAAUGGACACCCAAAGAAGCUUGCCAAUGGUCUCUCAAACGGAACAUACUAUGCCAAUGGCAAUGGUGUGCAUGCUUAG